GUAAACGUCAGUCGAUUCCAGUCUUGUUCAAGCUCGAAGGGAGAGUCGACUGAAUUUAAUAAAUUUUCAAUCGGCAGGUGUAAAGCAGAGUAGCAAGAGCAAGUCCCUCGCAAAAUUCCUUCUCGGAUCUACACAAAUCUUGUUGCUCCCUAAUACUUCACUUAAAUGGCUUUUCUUCGUACAGUGAACAGGUGUAGUGUUUCCAAAAAGUACGGUUUACUGAUCGAUAGUUUAAAUAGCGGUUUCGGUGGUAAAAUCGAUGCCAAUCAGUCUGUGCGGAAGUCUACUGCAGCUGCUACCAGCUUACUCCAAGACAAGUCGGUGCAGGCCCCCAAGGAUCCUCUAGAUUUAUCAUUUGAAGAUGCCAGGGCUGCGUUCAAGAGCAAGACGAAUUGGGAGCUCCUUCGAGCUCUCGUCGUCUAUCAGAUGUGCUCUUAUGAAACUAUUGUCACGAAUAACAUGAGGCUGAUGAAAAUAUGUAAAGCCGUCCUUGGAGAAAAACUGUUCACUGCUGUGAUGAAAGCCACGUUCUAUGGGCAUUUCGUAGCUGGAGAAGACGAGUUCAAAAUUCGACCUAAGUUGGAAAGACUCAGAUCGUUCGGAGUGAAACCCAUCCUUGACUAUUCUGUUGAAGAGGAUAUUUCACAAGAAGAAGCCGAGAAACGUGAAGUUGAAGCUUCCGUACCAGCAGCUGGUGAUCAAUUGGAAGAUGGAUCUCUGAAGCAGUACCAUGUCGACAAGACGUUCGCCGAUAGGCGUUACAAAGUUCAGUCGGCCAGAACUUACUUCUACCUCAAUGAAGCAACUUGCGAGCGGAACAUGGAGACCUUUAUUAAGUGUCUGGAAGCCAUUGCAGACUACCAGAAGAGCAACCCAGGAGCCACCUAUGGCACUGGCAUUACAGCCAUUAAGCUGACUGCCUUGGGCAGACCUCAACUUUUGCUUCAACUUUCUGAAGUAAUCAUGCGAACUCGUCAGUAUAUGGCGGAAAUCGUUGGAGGAGAAGGUAACGUUUUGAGCCAUCACACGAAACCCGAAGAACUCGAAUCGAAAUUCGAAAAAAUUCAAGACAAGGAAUCUCUCCGAAAGUUCCUCACCCAAGUAACCUACGACAAGGAAGGUAUUCUCCAUUUGUUUCCAUGGUCUGGAAUUAUCGAUGAGAAUCAAGAACUAAGUACUACUUUUCGAGUACCCGAUUUAAAGACUGGACGCAUGGCUAGACUUAUAACACAAUUGUCCACAAAGGAAGAGGAGAUGUUUAAGAACAUGAUCAGAAGGAUAAACACAAUUGUCAAGGCUGCUCAAGAAAUGGAUGUACGCAUAAUGGUGGACGCAGAACAAACUUACUUCCAACCUGCCAUCACUCGCAUCACUUUGGAGUUCAUGAGGAAAUACAAUAAAGAAAAGGCAAUUGUCUUCAACACCUAUCAAUGUUACUUGAGAAAUGCCUUAACUGAAGUAACAACCGAUCUCGAACAGGCCAAGCGUCAAAACUUUUAUUUCGGAGCAAAGCUCGUACGCGGGGCUUAUCUGGAACAGGAACGCGCGAGAGCUGCUGCUAUGGGCUACCCUGAUCCUACUAACCCCAACUUUGAAGCUACUACUGAAAUGUAUCACAAAACACUGACCGAGUGUCUGAGAAGAAUUAAGGCUUUCAAAGAUAAGGGAGAGGACAAGAUGAUUGCUAUCAUGGUGGCAUCUCACAAUGAGGAUACUGUACGAUUCGCCAUAGAAAAAAUGAAGGAAUUUGCGAUUGAACCAUCUGAUAAAGUAAUUUGCUUUGGCCAGUUGUUGGCCAUGUGCGAUUACAUCACGUUCCCGUUAGGACAAUCUGGCUACUCUGCUUACAAAUACAUCCCGUAUGGCCCAGUGAACGAAGUAUUGCCCUACUUGUCGAGAAGGGCACACGAAAAUAAGGGUGUUCUCCAGAAAAUUAAAAAAGAAAAGAGACUGUUAGCUAGGGAAAUCCUGAGACGCUUUGCUACUGGCAAGAUUUUCUAUACACCAAAAGGCAACUACAUCCCCGUAUAAGUUAUUGAAAUGUUCCUUUGUUUGAAGACCCUCUUGAACAUAAUUUAAGAGCUGCGCCGCGUCUAGUUUGGCCACGACAUAAGUUGUUUGUAGAUAUAAUAAGUAGGUAAAGGCAAAACGCCCCUUCAUUUUUAAGAAGAAAAUCACGGUCUGUGUGAAGUUAACUGAAAUGGCCUAAGUGGAUCGUCUGUUUUGAUAAGUUCAAACAGUCAAUUAAAGUAUAACCUUAAAAAAUUGUUACACAUAUUAUCAAAGGCGUUUGGAAUAAAAUUGGAACUUUGCAAAUUUACUAAUAGAAAAGUAAGUGCUUACAUAUUACUCAAUGGUUGAAACUGAAUGAUUAAAAUAUGGCGCUAUGGACUAGAAGUACACUUUGUCAUUACGCACCAGAAAGAUCUGAUAUCACCAAAAUAAUUGUCAACUAGUUUUAAAUUUUCCACUUCACGCAGGCUGCAAUAUGUACUAGUAUUUUUUGCUUAAAAUAUAUUAUGGAACUUGUACAGAGUAACUUAUGUAUGAAUGUUAUUGGUGUAUAUGAUCUUUAAAUUAUUUUUUGUACCUUAUAAGUGUAAACUACAGCCUUGUAUAAAUUGGUUAAUUCUGGACCGUUGGCAAAUAAAAGAAUUUUUAAAGCAGCACCGAGCUCUUUAAAAGCAACCAGUCAGAUUUUUGUAUGUGCCUAUUCGAAAAACCAUUGCUCUGACUCAGAUUUUUAAAUUUUGGCUCUUAAAUUCAGAAAUUGUGCAUGCUUGAGCGGCAUUGCUUGAAAUGUUGCAAUCUAAUUCAUUAAUGGAGUAUAUUUAAUUUGAUCGCCGUCCAACCAGUCAGUUCGUUGAUGUUUUUGCUUUUUAUUCACGUACAGAGCACACUUGGUCAUUAUCUCUUGGUAUCUUCCUCCACUAUUUUACAAACAUGGCUGGUUGCAUGUACUGUAUUUCACCAUUGUGGUUAGUGUUUACGUUUUUUCCUUUUCUUAUUUAUUUGUUUUAAACAGUUUCCAUUUGAUAUUUGGAAGUAAUUAUGAUAUUAUACUUAUUCGAUUAGUUGCCUUGCUCCCCACGACACGCCAAUAUUGAAUUUUAGCCUGUGAUUUAAUAGGUUAAUAAAGAUCCUUACUGUUUAGUGUUUUUUAAAAAAUGUUUCUUUUUGGUGUGAUUCAAAUAAAUUCCUUGAACUA